GCCUGCAGAGUCACUCACGCGGGCUGCUUCCAGCAUCCUCAGGCUUGCUGCUGGCCUUGCUCCCAUGGAGUUGUAGCCACGUUGGUAGUUUUCCUUCAUCGUUUCCUACAUCUGUGUUGUCUACCUUGCAUUUGCACACUUUUGGAUGUAGACCUCCUACCCCCUGUUCUUGUAGCACCCCCUCCCCUACCCCACCCCCCAAAAAACUCUUGAAGGAACACAAAGUACCUUUGAAUGAUGGGGAACCACGGCUCCAACCUGGAUGACAUCCUUGCAGAGGACAUGCACCACUGGUACAACAUGUUCAUGCGGGAGUCGCCGUCAGGCCUCAUUACGCUUUUCGAGCUGAAGACCAUUCUCAACCUGAAGGGCAUGACCGAAAACGCCAACAGCUACGUGGACCAGGUCUUCUGCACCUUCGAUAUGGACGGGGACGGCUAUAUCGACUUUGUGGAAUACAUCGCUGCCAUCAGUCUGUUGCUGAAAGGAGAAAUCAACCAGAAGCUUAAGUGGUACUUCAAACUCUUUGACCAGGAUGGAAACGGAAAAAUCGACAAAGAGGAGUUGGAGACUAUAUUCUCGGCCAUCCAAGACAUUACACGAAACCGAGACAUUGACCCUGAAGAGAUAGUCACGCUCAUAUUUGAGAGAAUCGAUGUGAAAGGAGAAGGUGAGAUGACCCUGGAGGAGUUCAUCGAGGGGGCUAAAGACCACGAAGACAUCAUGGACAUGCUGAGGAACCUGAUGGAUUUGACGCCCGUGCUAGUCAUCAUUGUCGAGGGUCGGAGGGGAUGAGAGAUGACCUGAAACCCAAAGAAAAACUCUGAAAAAACCUGCUUCAACCCCCCCAUCCCAAAGACACAUGAUGUCAGGACGUUAAAAGAGAGGUUACCGAGCUUUUCUUUUUAAAAUGGACACAAAUGCUGCUAGUUUUGUUGUAAUGUUGCGUGCGGUGGCUUACACUAGCGAAACAAUCGUUUCCUUUUUUUGAUUGAACAUGUCUCUUUACCUCCUUACAGAGUCAGUUCAUCAAUUUUAGUGCCUGUAUCUUGAUUUAAGUUGAAGAACUUUAAAUCUUGAUGUCAAGAGCUCACACAUGUGAAAUUUGAUGCCCUUUCUCAUAUUCCAAAUGCUGUUGGCUUUUACAUACUGUAUAAGUCAAAGCAAACAAAGGAGUAGUAGGGUCACACUGAAAAGAAAAGCAUAAAAUCACAAGAAAAUUGUAAAAUUACAACUUUUCAAAUACUAUAACGUUACUCUUUGUAAAAUUGUGAUUACUUUAGUCUAAUAAGACUUGGACUUUGUUCUUUUCAUACUCUUUUUGUCUUCCUAAAGUUACUUAUUUUUCCCUUGUGACUAUCUUUGACUAUAUUCUCAUAAUUGCAACUUUUUGAACCAAUUCCACUCUCACAAGUAAAAUUAUAACCUUAUAGCCAUAAUAUUUUACUUUUUUUUGUUAGAACUUUAUUAUUUUGAUCAUUCUCCUUUUUUAUUGUAAUUUGUAAUGUUGCACAUUUGUUUUCGCACGUGUUUCCCUCAUAAUAAGACUCUUUUUUUAAUGGAAAAUUAUUUUAAAAAUAUUUUUUCCCGUAACAUUUUUGUAAUUAGGACGUUUUCUUAACUGUCCUGCCAUUUUUUCCUGGUAAGGUUCCGACUUCAUUGACAUACUAAAGCUGUAUUGUCAUAAUUACAACUUCCUUGAAUAGGACUAAUUUAUUUCAAGUUCAUUCUCAGACUUUUUCCAAGUAAAAUUACAAUUUUAUUCCCAUUACUUUCAUACUAUUAACAUUUUGGUAGAACAAUGACUCCUUUUUUUCCCCAAAGUAAAAUUAUGUCAUCAUUCACAUAAUAGUUCCCUAUUUUGAAGCAGCAUUUUUUUCCUUCAGUGUGCCUCUAAUAUUCACCCAGGUGAAGAUGCUUAAACGCUAGAAAUACUACCCUAGUUCAUUCACAGAACAGGUUCCUCGACAUGUUGGAUAAAAGUAAUAAUUGGUUGUGCUUCUGAUAGAAUUCAACCUUACUUUCACUUCGACUUCACUUUGCACUUUGACUUAGAAAAUGUUGCUAGCACCUAAAACUAGAAGCUCUGUUAUUUCUGUUAACAUACUUUACACUUUCAAUGUUCCGUAAAAGUUAGGUUCCUUUUGUGUCCUACGACCUUUGACGUCAGGUACAUUUAAGGACCCAGCCUAUAACACCAUGCUGGGAGUCUGUUCUGGGUCAGCAGGCGUUUACCCUGAUCCUCUUAGAAGUGUAAAAGCUUCAGGCAGGCUCAAAUGUCAAAAUAGCUUCCAAGAAACAGUGUUGGUCCAAGCUGAUAGAGUUUACGGUUUUCUCGUCAAAAGUUUGUCUAACAAAGCAAACGAGCACAUGCUUUUCAUGAAAACAAUGUACCGGUACGUGCACGGUGGAUCGGAUCAAAUGAGUGGCUUUACUUUUAUAUGAUGACGUUUGUGAUCAGAUCAAGGGGUUACCAUGUAUGUUACAUGGAAAAUGCCUCGUGCUUCACCAAGGAACUGAAGCCACCUAAAAGGUAGAACAAAGCACCUGUGCUAAGUUGCUAAGUGAUAGUUCUACAUGUUAGCAUCAGCGCUAGACUGGUUGAAAUAUGUGCUACAUUGUUACAAAACUGGUUAGCAUGCAAACUAAUUGUUCAAUUUGCUAGAAAUAGCGCUCUACUUGUGACAUGUUAUACGUUACCAGCGUUAUACGUGAAACUUGCUUACUCCUUGCUGAUGGCCGAGCAAGUUAGCAUGUGUAUUACCGUCAGUUAUUUGUGCAAUAGAUUUUUACAGUGAGUCUUUCCCCUUAAGCAAUUAAGUUCAUUGUAAAAAAUCAAGUUUUGUGCUGCCUUAUCAAUAAAAGUUUUCAAACUGGU